AUGUGCAAGUCGGAGGGGACGCUUGCAAUGAAGGAGGAGGACGCCCCUAAGGAACUUUCGCCAAGCUCUCACUCAUCCUUUGAUUGUGCCUUUCAGCCCGAUCGACUGCUCCGAAUUCACAACUCCUGUAUCUUUCUGAUCUCUCUCUCUCUGCUCUCUCAAGCUCUCAAACUCUCUCUCUCAAACUCUCAAGCUCUCUCUCUCAAACUCUCUCUCUCUCUCUCAAGCUCUCAAACUCUCUCUCUCUCUCUCUCAAACUCUCUCAAGCUCUCAAACUCUCUAACUCUCUCAAGCUCUCUCUCUCUCUCAAGCUCUCUCUCUCUCUCUCUCUCUCUCUCUCUCUCUCUGUAG